CCUAUGUCGUAAGGAUACAAUGUGCACCAAGGAUAGACGGGAAAAAGUAAAAUUUCUUAUGGAAUUAAACUGUUAAAAGAAGAACAGGUUAGCAGUACUAGACGACUAAGAAUGAAUCCACGAGAUUGACGGGUAACCAUUGGAUGUCAUCUUUCGAGAUAGGAAGACUGUCAUGACUAUUCCUUCUCUAUAAUCUCUUUAUCUUCCAUUACUGGGACUUUUGAAGCAGCUCUGCCCAGAAUUAAACAUUGUUAACAAAACGAUCUAAAAUGAGGCUCCGUAUACCCCGUAUCUGCCCAGUCAAGAAGAAAAUGUGUUUUGUUCUUGUGACAUUCAUGAUAUUUCCUGUUGUAUUGGCCAUCGUUCACUUUGUUAAAGACACGAACAUCACUCCCAAGUAUAAGAGCUCGCUGGUAGCUUUUCUGGCGGACAUCUCAGAUGAGGGGCUUGAUAAAGACGUAUCAUCCAAGUCUGCUACACAAGGGACAAACCAAAAUCUAAACCUCUGUCCCAUGCUAUCUCCUAAUCUGAAGGGUGCUACAAAGUUCUCCUUUGACCCUGCUCUAACUCUAGAGCAAGUGAGUACGAAGAACCCUUCAGUGGAAUACGGUAUGUAUCGUCCAGAGAGCUGCCAGGCGCAGCAAAAAGUGGCCAUAAUAAUUCCAUUUAGAAACCGGGAGAGGCACCUUCUCUAUAUGCUCAAUCACCUACACCCAUUCCUACAGAGGCAGCAGUUGGAGUAUGGAAUCUAUAUCAUUCACCAGGCACGGAAUGAAAAGUUCAAUCGAGCCAAGUUGUUGAAUGUGGGAUAUUUGGAGGCAUUAAAGGAAAUGCAAUGGGACUGCUUUAUAUUCCACGACGUGGACCUUCUCCCAGAAAAUGAUUUCAACCUGUACCUCUGUGACACUGAACCCAAGCAGCUGGUGGUAGUAAGAAACACCACUAACUACAAUGUUUAUUAUAAGUACUAUUUCGGUGGUGCGACUGCAUUGACCCAACACCAGUUUGCCAAAGUGAACGGAUAUUCCAACAAUUACUGGGGAUGGGGAGGGGAAGAUGAUGAUCUGCGUAAACGGGUUAUAUUACAUAAAAUGAAAGUGGUUAAACCUGCACAGGAUAUUGCCAAAUACACCAUGAUUAUGCACAAACGGGACAAGGGCAACGAAGUGAACUCCAAGAGAAUGCAGCAAUUGAACAGAGUUCCCAAGGUCUUUAAGGCAGAUGGGCUGAAUUCCUGCUCCUACAAACUGCUAUCGAUAGAACACAACCCUCUGUACAUUAACAUUAACGUGGACAUUGGACGGCCAAACUCCUAAUUUUACCUCUCCGAGAAGGAUAGACUACCGGAGGAUGUUUCUCAGAUUCUUGUAUUUGUAAA